GAAUCCCUUCUUGAAGAAAACCCAGAGAAAGCUUUUUAUGGCUCAGAUGAUGAGGAUGAUGGUGCCAAAGAGGAAAAGUUAGACUCUUUUGUUAAGCGCAAACCUUACAUUAUGGACCCUGACCAUCGGCUGCUUCUUCGCAACACUAAACCCCUUCUGCAGAGUCGUAACGCAGCUGUGGUUAUGGCUGUGGCACAGCUCUAUUUCCAUCUUGCUCCAAAAGCAGAAGUUGGGGUGAUAGCAAAGGCCUUGGUGCGAUUACUACGCAGUCACAGUGAGGUGCAGUAUGUGGUACUCCAAAACGUGGCUACAAUGUCCAUCAAAAGAAGGGGAAUGUUUGAGCCGUAUUUAAAGAGUUUCUAUAUCCGGUCUACAGACCCAACCCAGAUCAAGAUUCUAAAGCUGGAAGUUCUUACUAACCUGGCUAGCGAGACCAACAUUUCCACCAUAUUGAGAGAAUUUCAGACUUACAUCCGCAGCAUGGACAAGGAUUUUGUAGCUGCCACCAUACAAGCCAUCGGUCGUUGUGCCACCAACAUUGGGAAGGUCCGUGAUACCUGCCUUAAUGGGCUUGUGCAGUUGCUGUCCAACCGUGAUGAGCUGGUAGUGGCUGAAUCAGUGGUCGUCAUCAAGAAGUUGCUCCAGAUGCAGCCGGCACAACACAGUGAGAUUAUUAAACAUAUGGCCAAGUUGAUUGACAAUAUACAGGUGCCCAUGGCUCGCGCUAGUAUUCUAUGGCUGAUUGGUGAGUAUUGUGAGCAUGUGCCUCGAAUUGCUCCUGAUGUUUUGAGGAAGAUGGCAAAAUCAUUCAUUGGCGAGGAGGACAUUGUUAAACUCCAGAUUAUUAACCUUGCGGCAAAGUUGUUUCUGACCAACUCCAAACAGACAAAGCUACUGACUCAAUAUGUUCUGAACUUGGCCAAGUAUGACCAGAAUUAUGAUAUCCGAGAUCGCACACGAUUUAUCCGCCAGCUUAUUGUUCCUGUGGAAAAGAGUGGUGCUCUAAGCAAGCAUGCCAAGAAACUUUUCCUGGCACAGAAACCUGCACCCAUUCUAGAGUCCUCAUUUAAAG